AUGGAAAACUGGCUUAAGACAGGACGCCUUUCGCAACAAACUUCAAUAUCAAAAACAGUGGCUGAUGAUGAAGGAGCAGCAAAGUCUUCAAAAAAUAUUGAUUGUUCGGAUGCAGAAAACGCGGCAUCAAGUUCAACAAGACAUUAUCAAGAAAAUCAAGCAAAACUGCACUCAAAAAAACGGCGAUACGAUGACUCUUAUUUAUCUUUUGGAUUUAUUCCUGUUGGUAGUUCCGAAGAACCAGAUGCCUUAUGCCUUGUUUGCAAAAAAAUUUUAGUCAAUAGUUCUCUCGCACCAGCAAAACUAAAACGCCAUUUCGAUACGAUUCAUGAAAAUUUGAAGGAGAAAAACAUCAGCUAUUUUCAAAAAGAAAAAGAGAUGUACGAAUCCGUGGUGUCAAACUUGACAACAUAUGCAAAAACUGACAACGAAAAUGCAACUGAAGCGUCUUUUAUCCUAAGCUACAGGAUAGCCCGAUCUGGAAAGCCACACACUGUUGCAGAGACUUUAAUUAAACCUUGUAUGAUAGAUACAGUUCGCUGCGUACUUGGAGAAGCCGCGGCAAAAAAAGUUGCAGCAGUUCAAUGUUCAAACAACACUGUGUCUGAUAGGAUUCACAAAAUAUCCGACCACAUUGAAGAUGAACUCGUUCGAAGAUUGAAUGUUUGUGAUAUGUUUGCCAUGCAACUCGAUGAAAGCACGGAUAUUGCUGGCCUUUCAAUACUUCUUGUUUUCGUGAGGUAUCCUUUCGAUAAAUCUAUUCAAGAAGAUUUGCUCAUUUGUACACCUUUGGAAACAAAUACAACUGGCGAAGAAAUAUUCAAGGUCAUAAACUGUUUCAUGAGUAAACACAACAUUAAUUGGGGAAAAUGUAUUGAUAUAUGCAGUGACGGAGCCGCAGCAAUGGUGGGAAAGGUUAAAGGAGUUGUAUCAAAAAUUAAAAACAUUGCUCCUAGAAGUACCAGUAGUCAUUGUAUUUUGCAUCGCUAUGCCCUUGUUAUGAGAAGAAUGCCAACUGAUUUAAAAAAAGUUCUCGAUGAAGCUGUGAAAAUAGUAAAUUUUGUUAAGAGUCGUCCUCUCCAAUCGAGAUUGUUUAAAUUAGUGUGCAAAGAUAUGGGCAGUCAGUACGAAUCGCUUUUUCUUCAUACUGAAAUCCGAUGGCUUUCCAGAGGGAAAGCUUUAUCCAGGUUAUUCCAACUUCGUAAUGAGUUGAAUGUGUUCCAACUGGAAAAAAAUAUGUCAUCAACUGCAAAUCUCUUCGAUGCGUUGCAUGAUGAGCAAUGGAUUACGAAAUUAGCUUAUCUUGCAGACAUUUUUGAAAAGAUCAACGAAACUGCUACAACUUUGCAGGGAAAAUCUAUAACAGUAUUUUUUGCGAGAGACAAACUGGAGUCUUUGAAAAGAAAAAUUAAUUUCUGGCUAUCGUGUGUACAAGAGAAUAAUGUUGAAUGUUUUCCAGUCUUACAUGAAUUUUUACAAGAAAACCUGUUAGAACUCAAAGCAGAUAUUAGAAAUGUGAUUGCUUUUCAUUUGGUAAGCCUCGAAAGAUCCAUGCUAGAUUACUUUCCAGAUACAAAUACUGACAUCGAGUGGGUACAAAAUCCAUUUCUUAUGAAAACCACCAAGCCUAUGACACUAAGUAUACAGGAAUAUGAAUAUCUGAUAGAUCUGCAGAGCUCCUCUUCAUCAAAAUUUGUUUUUGAUUCAGUAUCAUUACACGAAUUUUGGAUUGCUGUUAAAAAUGAAUACCCUGCACUUGCCAAGAAAGCUAUAUUAAAUUUGCUGCCUUUCGUUACAACGUACCGCUGUGAAGCAGGCUUUUCGGCGUAUACUUACACAAAAACUAAAUACAGAUCGAGACUGGACGCUGCCCCAGAUAUGCGAAUACAACUUUCGGACAUAGAAGUUAAUUUUAAAACAAUUAUAAAUAAAACAAUGAAACAGAUUCAUUCUUCACACUAA